CGAGUUCUCGUUUCACGGGCAACAUUUGAUCAACUUCCAGAGGGUUACGAGGGUGAAUUGGGCCCAACUGUUAUAGACCCCUCGACCAACCGUCAUGUCCUCCAAUCCGAAACACUCUACGUUCAACCAAGGAAAUCUACUGAUUCUUCAACGUCUUCAAAUCCAUCCACAGAGACAAGAUGGCCAACACUGGGCGAGUCUAUUGCAACGGGCGGUCUGGCGCAAUCCUUUGCUCGCUUGGCCAACCAUGUCACCAGGGAGAGUGGUGAAUCCUCUGGGCACUCAACACACUCCUCAGCUUCUUUGUCAAUUCUUCGGCAAAUGAGGGAGAAGGACGUUUGGAUGGGUAAUCUUGGUGAUGGCAUCUAUAAUAAGGGUGGAGUCUUCAAUGAAGUUACUCUUUGUUUGAGAGGACUUUGUGAACAUCGGACCACACCUACACCUUCCUUCUUGGAUAUUCCUAAUUCGAAAAUAAGCAACCUUGAAGACCAGCUUCUUCCCAAUUCAUCUUCAUUGCUCCCAGUCUCACUAUGCCACGGUCUUUCCUCUCUUCCUUCCUCGGUGUCUUCCCUGCUGGUUCCCCCACCUUUGUCUUCAAGUUUGGAGGAAUCGAAUUCAUCUCCACCUCCGUGCAAAGUGGGUUGUUGUGACGAUAGUGAUUCAAUACAGCAACCAUUAACAACAGGCCCAGCAAAGUGCGAGACAUGUCCAAAGGACUUUGAAAUGCCAGAUUUUUGCACUUUGUGUCCACUUGCUGAGGCUGUCCUUUGGAAUCGUCUCCUUUUGAGGAAGGGACAGCUCGAUACUUUAAGAAAUGCAUUGGCCUGGAUGUUGCUUCUUGUGGUACUACUAGGAGCGGCAGGUGGACUUCUGAUUACAAAAGUUUCGUACGCCCUGAUUGUCUACCCUUGCUCCGUGACCUGGUGUCUUGUUCUUCUUGCCGUCUUCUCAAUUCGUCGACUUGAUUUUGCAUCACCUGCCCGACGUGACCAUCACAGAACUGACCUUGUCAACCCCGAAUGCCGUGCUCCCGGUGUAAUUUAUUAA